AUGGGCAACAUCAGCAGUCGACAGGAUGACCUAUCCGGUAGUAUGCUUUACCUGAAGGACCCAACUCGGUUCUCUGUCAAAUCUGUUACAAUCAGCAAUGGGAGGAAGAAAGUCCUGCUUCGAGUCGGUCCAAAUGCUGUGCCUACCACCAGAAUGGUCGCUCGAAGGGAACCUGGCGACGAUACUCCCAUCUUCUACAUACAAGACCCAGAAUCUCAGGGCAACAACUUCCUCCUUCGAUUAGACCUCGAGGACGAACUUCAUUUUGAGUAUACAUUCGUUAGUAGACAACAAACCUCGACCCAGCCUGCCACCACGCCCUCUGCUGCCCCUUCAACGACCGACACGAACAUAACCGGUCUGACCUUCGCUUAUGCUUCAAACGCUCGCGAACUAGACACCUUGAUUACUAGAGAGUUUCACUCAGAUCCUAAUCUACACAAGAAUUCGAAUGUUCAGUUAAUUGGUGCCAUGUCCACCACUGGUUUACCGAGCGUGGAGAUGAGCUGGACUUGGACAUGGCGACCACCGAAACCAAACGAAGAUAGAGGUGGUGGUUGGCGCAAUAAUUGCAGCUUUCUCGAAUACGACUCGAGAGCACAUCGGCUGAACACAUUGGCAUCUUUCGUGUUUUGGGUACAAAAACCUUCACUGCCUCCUGCUCCCUCGAUUAUGCCUCCUCCAGUGCCAAACCUGAAUGAACUGGCUAUUCCCUCAGGCAGACAUAGAAUGCCGUCUUCCCAGUCUUAUCAAUCAGCUGUGAGUGACUCAGAAGGCCCUCCUGAUACUGGUCCGCCUGUAUCCCCUUCUGGACACGCUUCCGAACUCAGCUUAAGCGUUGCUACUGCUCCAACUUUGCCCGCCGUUGAUGUUGGCAGGCCAGCAGAGGACAUGAGUAACGUUGAGGAUGGUCCAGUCUUUCGUGCCAACAUGAAACAGUUAGAGCAGAAGACUGGAAAUCUGAGAGCACAAGUCAAGAAAGUUCUGAAAAGGGCUGAAGCUGCUCAACAGGCACAGCAGCUUUCCAACGAAGCAGUACGUUCUUUCUUGAGCGCAUUACAGGAGGCUGCUGCAUCUCAUUCGACAGCUUUCAAGCCUGCUCUGGAGCAUUAUUACUCAAAUAUUGCGCCAAGAAUUCAAAGGUACGAGGAGGAAAACACGGUCCUGCUUCGACGACAGAUUAUCGAGCCUUUAUCCAAACUUUACACAAACGAUAUCAAGCAGGUCGAGUCGAAGAAGAAAGAUUUUGAGGAGGAGAGCAGAGAAUACUAUGCGUACGUUGGCCGCUAUCUCGGUCAACGACAAGAUUCUAUGAAGGAAAAGAAAAAGGCUGAAAGUGACUCAAAGUAUCAGACCAAAAAGAGGACCUUUGAGUUGAAACGCUUCGACUAUUCCAACUUCAUGCAAGAUUUGCAUGGUGGAAAGAAGGAGCAGGAACUCCUCUCUCAUCUAACAAAUUACGCUGACCAUCAAGCAAAGGCAUACAUGUCUGCUGCAAGGAAAAUCGAGGCCUUACAACCUAAUCUCGAUGCUCUCGUGCGCGAAGUCAACGAGGCAGACAAAGAGUACAAAAUUCAGCGUACAGAGCGUGAAGAAAAGCGUAGGAAUUUGGAGAUGAACAAUCCUACUUCGACAACAUCGGAGGCAGACGGUACUCCCUACGCUGGUGCCGUGCAACCACAGACGAGUGCUUCCAACGGAACUGCUGGCUAUGUGUCCGAUACAGAUUUGAGCCGGGCCGAUAGCACAAGUUCUCAAUUCGGACGGAACAAUCUCUCGCCGAGCAAUUCGAAACACUUGCAGCAAACCUCCACAGCAUUGUCAACGUCGCCAGCCGCCUCUUCUGCGACACCAAGUGCAAACAAAUUUAGAGGCAUUAGAGACCUUGAGGAGAGAGACUCUUCCUUUGCUGGAAAUGACAAGCAGUCUACAUGUGCCCCUCGCAAGGAAGGCUUGUUGUGGGCCUUGAGCAAACCCGGGUCUCACAUUGACCCGAAAGGUAUCAACAAGCAAGCCUGGCACAAAUUCUGGGUCGUUCUCGAUCAGGGCAAGCUCUCAGAGUACAGCAACUGGAAGGAUCGAAUGGAGCUCCACAGGGAACCGAUCGAUCUACGUAUGGCUUCUGUACGAAUGGCCAGGGAUGCUGAACGACGAUUUUGCUUUGAAGUCAUUACCCCACAAUACAAGCGCGUGUAUCAAGCCACUGCUGAGGACGACAUGAACAAUUGGAUAAAUUCCAUCAACAAUGCCCUACAGAGCGCCUUUGAGGGGAGGACAAGCCAAUCUGCUAUCGCAAAUUCGCCUAAAGAUCGUGCAGGAAACGACUAUGGAGCUGUCCUGACAGGGAAGAGUCUGUCACAAUCAGGGCCGCAUGGUGCAUUAGGCCGUCCAGAUACUGUCGGUGUGAGCCGCCGAGUGACUGUAGGGUCUCGUCCAGCCCCUACACAAACUCAGCAGGAGGAGAGCCCCACUAGGUUGCUCGACCAGAUCAGAGCCAACGAUCAAGGCAAUGCAUGCUGCGCUGAUUGCGGCAGCAACAGUAAAGUAGAGUGGGUUUCUCUCAACCUUGGAAUUGUCCUUUGCAUUGAAUGUGGUGGAAUCCACCGAUCACUCGGCACGCAUGUUUCGAAAAUUCGUUCUCUAACCCUUGACGUUCACUCUUUCACAGACGAUAUUGUCGAGAUAUUGAUGCAGAUAGGAAAUCGAGUGAGCAACAUGAUAUGGGAGGCCACAUUGGAGAGAAGUGCGAAGCCAGAGCCGUGGGCCAACAGAGAGCAGCGACUGAAAUUCAUCACCAUGAAAUACGUCGAGCGAGCGUUUGUCGAACCACACGCAAGCAACCUGCAUGCUCUGUCGCCGGACGACAAUCUUGUGAUGUCAAUCAAGAAGAACGACAUUCAGGGCGUUUUGCAUGCAAUAGCACAGCGCGCGAAUGUCAACGUACAUGAUCGGUCGAGGAACACGCACGCUGUAUUUCUUGCUCUUGCCGCCGCCGAUCCCGCUAGACCAGCAUCUACAUCUCCAGCAGCUUCGCCUGGCGGACCAACCACGAUGCAAGCAGGCACGAAAGUGUUUCCUGUAGCAGAGCUCCUCAUCCAAAACGGUGCGGAGAUUCCUACAGAGCUGCCUGCGAUACCCUUGUCGUUGACAGCCCAAUCAUACAUCGAUCAACGUCGGUCCAGAAGCAUGCCCGUCACGGACACUCUGGGACCAUUGCCAGCUGUUGCCGGCAGCAAGUCUGUCGAGCAAGUAAAAUUGCAUAAGCGUGGUAGUGCUGGAAGCAGAUUUGCUGGCAAGGUUGCAGGACUUGGCGAGCGAUAG